AAAUUGUACAGCACUGACUUAUUUACGUAGCACGCCGAUAAAAACCAUUAAAAUCAAAAAAGAGCCAAACAUCUUGUCAACAAUUUACCACCUGGACGCAUUCAACUACAAUAACACGCCACGGGACUGAGAACGCAAUCCAGACGCUCCAACGGCGGCCAAUUAGCCAAACGCGAUAAUAUCGUGGUGUGGAAAUCACACACACUCAUAUAUUCACAUACACACACACACGCAUACACGCACACAUACAAACAAACACAACGACACGCAAGAAGCAAGGAGCUGAAUUUAAAAGUACUACAACAACAACAAUUUACGAUUUGGCAACUAGACAGAUAGUACAACAACAAGCCACACACAGACAAAUAAACACAUUCUGCAACGUGCACGCCAACAACAAAAGUACAACAACAACAAGAAACCACACACACACAUACACCAAAAGGCCAGGCCAGCGGAUUAAUCAGCCGACAACAACAAGAGAGAAGCACAGCAGAAAGCGGCUAAAAGCGAGCAACAGCAACAACAACAACAAACCAUAAUAUCCAAAAUUCAGCCGCGCAAUAUUUUGUUACUCGAAAUAGCCGGAGACCAGGAAAUCACUAUGAGCAUGGAGAAGGUGGCAAGCAAACAAUAUGAAUCGAAAAUCUGGCCGGAUCUUGUCGACAGCGAUGACAGCGAUGUGGAGAACGAGAUAGAUGUGGACAAAUUGCCCCCACUGGAUGUGGGGCCGAACGAGAACCGCCUACAGCACACAUAUUGCCUGUGGUUCUCGCGCAAGGGAACGCAACGGGCUGCUAGUGAUUAUAGUAAAUCGCUGCACGUGGUUGGGCGUUGUGCCAGCGUGCAGCAGUGGUGGUCACUCUAUUCGCAUCUCAUUAGGCCAACGUCGCUGAAGCCCUAUCGGGAGUUGAGUCUCUUCAAACAGGGCAUCAAGCCAAUGUGGGAGGAUCCGGCGAAUAGUAAAGGCGGACAAUGGGUAAUACGAUUGCGAAAGAAUAAAAUCGAGCGGGCCUGGGAGAACGUUUGCAUGGCAAUGCUCGGUGAGCAGUUUCUUGUUGGCGAUGAAAUCUGCGGUAUUGUGCUGCAAACAAAGUUUCCGGAGGAUAGCUUAUCAGUAUGGAAUCGGACUGCCACUGAUAUGACCAGUACAACACGUAUCCGUGAUACGUUACGCAGGAUAUUAAAUAUACCUCUAACAACUGCAAUGGAGUAUAAGAUACACUGUGAUAGCCUUAAAUACGUUUCAAUUAAUAAAGGCGCAUUGAAAAGCUGAAAUUCAGUGAAUAACUACAAACACAAAACAAAAACAAUAAGAAAAAAACAAACAGAUGAUUUAGUCACUAGUAAAUGGAGCAACAAUAAUGCAACAACACACACAACAACAUCAGCAAUAACUUCAACCACAACAGCAACAACAUCAACAACAACAUCAACAACAACAUCAACAACAACAACAUCAACAACAACAACAACAAGCACACUAGCAGACACAUAAAUGCGACAGGCACAAACAAAACAAGGACAUCAGGCCCUGAUGAUAAAUACUUUAUUGAUUAUGCUGAUCAGAAUGAGAUUGAUGAUUUGAUGAAGUACCACACAAAGACUACCCCAACUCCCUAGCCCAAAAAACCCAGCAACUAUAAAACCCAACAUUUAAGCGCUAAUCAUACAAAUCUGUGUAUUUUCAACAAAAUUUUACAAAGUCAGUUGUAUAUAUGAAAUGCCAUAAAUACUUUAGUUUGUAUGUAUAAAGUUUUUACAUUCAGUCAUUCCCAAUUAAAACUGCUGAGCCAAACUUAAUCAAAAUUCUAAGCUGCACAUUUUUGGAAAUCAUUGGCAAAAUACAAAUCCAUGUAACAUAGAAUUACUUGCUACACACCUACAAGCCCCUCUCUCCCCCCC